ACCAGAUUCCGAUUUGCCACUUCUGUUCUCCGCCGCACACCAAUCCCUAGAUUAGGAAAUGGAAUUCGAUAUCCCAUUGCCGGAGGAGCUUGAGCUUCUCGAAGCCAACUCUUACUAUCCCGAAGAAGAAGAUGAUGACUACCUAAACUUCGAGGAGGCGCCGUAUCCUUACCCAAUCGACGGCGAUGAAGAAAAAGAAGAAGAAGAAGAGGAGGAGAUCGCGCAGAAGGAGUCUAAUCUCCAACAAUCGGAAUCUCCUGAUAUCAACGGCUGUAAACGACCCAGGAGUCUAGUGUCCGAUCCGAUUGUCAAUCUCGACGAAGCUUCUGAGAAGAGAAGCAAAGUUAAUGAUAAUCGAGUAGAGAUGGAAGACGAGGAAUGGCUGCGAUUCUCUCCGGUUAAGGAAGCGGUACAAAUCAUGGAGGAGGAAGAAGAAGUCAUUUCCCAGGAGACUGUCUUGUCCAGAUACGCUUCUGAGAUAGACGGGGAAUGCUUUCCGAUUACGGCACCGGACGGAGGAGACAGGGUUUAUGCGAAAUUCUCUCGAGCUUUGGGAGAUGAAGAGGUGAAGAGAUUCCAUCUAAAAGCCAAAUCUAACGGUCUUAUCAAAGAUCCUAUCAGUGUUCUUCUACAACAAUCAGAAAAUGAGUCAUUUAACAAGGCCUUGCAAACUAGUUCCGAGGAUCAGAAUGAAGCCAUGACUGCAGAAACUUCUGUAAUGCAUGGAAAGCGCUGGGUGGACAAAUAUUCUCCGAGCUCAUUUACUGAGCUUCUCAGUGAUGAGCAGACCAACCUGGAGGUUCUUCUAUGGCUUAAGCAGUGGGAUGCUUCUGUUUUUGGAUCUGAAAUUAGGAGCACGACGGAUGAAGUACUGUCAGCUUUGAAACGACAUUCUACACCAAGUCAUCGUCAAAAAUCAGAUUCAGCUUUCACGAGGAAAAAACAUUUCAGUAGAUGGAGUAAGGAAAGUUCUACAUAUCCUAAAGAUUCAGACGUGAGCAAUAGCAACACUACAGAUAAUCAUGACAUGAGGAACAAAAAGUCAAAACUUAUUGGUCCUCCAGAGCAGAAGAUCCUUCUGCUUUGUGGCCCCCCAGGGCUUGGAAAGACUACACUUGCUCAUGUUGCAGCUAAGCAUUGUGGAUAUCGCGUUGUUGAGAUCAAUGCUAGUGACGAGCGAUCAGCAGCAGCCAUUGAAACUAGAAUUCUUGAUGUAGUUCAGAUGAACUCAGUUACGGCUGAUUCUAGGCCUAAGUGUUUGGUGAUUGACGAGAUAGAUGGAGCUCUUGGUAAUGGAAAAGGAGCAGUAGAUGUUAUUCUAAAGAUGGUGUUGGAGGAAAGGAAGAAUGCUACAGGCAAGGAAAAUAUAGAUAAUGGGAAGACUUCCUCAAAGAAGGAGCGGCGAACAGCACCACUAUCAAGACCUGUCAUUUGUAUAUGUAAUGACUUAUAUGCACCAGUUUUUAGACCUCUGCGACAAAUAGCGAAGGUUCAUAUAUUUGUUCAACCAACAGUGAGUCGUGUGGUUAAUAGGCUCAAGUAUAUUUGUAAUAUGGAGGGGAUGAAAACAAGAUCAUUCGGUCUUAGUGCACUUGCUGAUUACACUGAAUGCGACAUACGCUCUUGCUUGAACACACUGCAGUUUCUCAACAAGAAGAAUGAAACCCUCAACGUGAUCGACAUUGGUUCUCAAGUUGUUGGGCGGAAAGACAUGUCAAAGAGUCUGUUUGAUAUCUGGAAAGAGAUAUUCAACAAGAGAAAAAUGAAACGAGAGCGAUCUAACGACGCAUCUGGCAGUGAUGCCAAAAAAUUUGAUUUCUUACACUCCCUCGUAUCCACACGGGGUGAUUAUGAUUUGAUUUUCGAUGGAAUACAUGAAAACAUCUUGCAGCUUCAGUACCAUGAUCCGGCGAUGGACAAAACAGUUAGCUGCUUGGACUGUCUUGGAACUUCUGAUUUGCUGCAUCGAUAUAUUAUGCGCACCCAGCAAAUGUCUCUCUACGUUUAUGUUCCUAGCCUGGUGAUACCUAUACACCGUCGAGUGGCCCAUAUUCAAAGACCAGCUAUUCAGUGGCCUAAGUCAUACCACAGAUGUCGAACGCUUUUGGUGGAUAAACAGUAGUCCCUGCGGUCUUGGCACCACAAGAUACCUCCCUAUAUUGGGAGGCAUUUGUCGAUCAAGUCUUUCGUUGAAGACUCUGUUUCCCCGCUAUUGCAUAUUCUUUCUCCCCCAACUCAUAGACCAGUGGCAUCACAUUUGCUAUCAGAGAGCGAAAAGGAUCAGCUGGCGAGUUUGGUCAUGCUUAUGCAUUCGUAUUCUUUAACUUAUAAGACUGUGAAACUUGAUCCUGCUCUGAGUAACCCCAGGGAGAGCGCUGCGUCAGAUGCUUCAGUCCUUGCUUUAGAUCCACAUCUAUUUGAUUUCAUAAGUUUCAAGGGUCGCCAAAUUAAACAUCACGUACUCACCUUAGCAAUGAAACAAGUGUUAGUACAUGAAGUUGAGAAGCAGAAGAUACUACUGCAAGCAAGUGAAGGAAGGUCCGGGAUCUUGAGCAAACCCGAGAUUAAGAAAACAAAUCCAGACUUAGUCAGGAAAACUAUAGCUGCGUCAAAUGAGAGUCACAGACAUCCAGUUACCUCGAAACCUCCAUCAGUCUCAGUUGCAAAUGCCACCACUUCAAAACCCAAAUCUAGUGAUGUGAAGAAAGCAUCUCGCAACGCCGUUAAUUUCUUCGACAGGUUUAGGAAGUCGAGGAAAGAUUAUGAAGAUCCAGAGGAUGUACAAAAGAGAGCAACUGCAAAAAGAAAUUCACGCCCUCUUCUCUUCAAGUUCAACGAGGGUUUCACGAAUGCUGUGAAGAGACCGGUUAGAAUGCGGGAGUUUCUACUGUGAUCUUCUAUUGGGGGAAAGUCUUAAAAAGUUGGUGCAAAAUUAAAGUUUUUACUUACUCUUCCGUCCAAAGGGAUUAAGUUUUGUGUAUA